AUGGGCCCCUGUACGCCUCCUCAUGCUGCUGCCAGGCCCUAAUCUGCCAUGGGCCCCCGUACCGCCUCCUCAUGCUGCUGCCAGGCCCGUAAUCUGCCAUGGGCCCCCGUAUACCGCAUCCUCAUGCUGCUGCCAAGUCCAGAGUGUUCAUGGGUCCCUGUACCGGCCUCCCAUUGCUGCUGUCUCCAUCGCCACAGACUCUGCCAUGUGCCACUCGUUCAGUCUCCUCACACUGCUGGUGGGUUCCAUUUUGUCACAUAGGGUGCCUGGCCAGAUUACGGGCCUCCCAUUGCUGCUGCCAGGCCCUAAUCUGCAUGGGCCCCGUAUUUUUUGACAUACCUCCUCAUGCUGUGCGCCCAUCCAGAGAUACCGCGUCUCAUGGGUCCCUGUACCAGUGCCGGGCCUCCAUUGCAGCUGACCUCCAUCGCCACACUCUGCGUAUGUGCCACUAUUCAGGUCUCCUCCAUCACACUGCUGGUGGUGUUCCAUUUUUUGUCAUAGGGUGC